AUGGAGCCCCCGCACUUGGCUGAAACGCGAGGAGGAAGCGAAAGCGGGACAAAAAUGGCACGAAAUGAUCGUAUCGCGUUUGUGUUCACUGACAACAUUUGUGUUUAUCAAAACUACAUGUACAACUACGACGGUGAUCUCAGCUGCUUCAAGCGUCCUACAAACCAAACAUGGUACAGCUCAGACCACGAGCGUGCGAUUGUUACUCCUCAGACAAGAAGCUCGAAGCUCGCUUACGAGAGCAAGCGGUGGAGGCCACCGGUCUGCACGGUCGCCUGCAGAGUCUACUGGGCGUACACAUCUUUCGGAACAGCUCCGCCGGUACUGUACCCGUUGGCAGCGUUGCUGCUUGCCUCCGCAUUCGCUCCAACUCCUUGGUUUACACCGGGACCUGCGUUCGAACGGGCGCCUGCAGUGGCUGCCACAGUGGCAGGUACACCAGCUCCACCAUUACUGACGUUGGCACCAGCACUGGCAGUCGCACCGCUGUUAGCGGGUGAACCGUAA